GACACACACACACACAGACACACACACACACACACACACACACACACACACACACACACACACAUAUGAUAACUCUCCCCACCCCCUUGCUCUUCCCGUGAGCUUGCGCUUAUCCAGCAGCAGCCGUUACCUGGUUACCGGUCGCCGGUGUCGCGCGCAGUGCGGCGGUGAGGGACUCAGCUUUCAGAGCGCAUUCACACACCGGAGAGUUUCACAGAUACGCACGAGCUCCGCCGCUUCCAGCUUUCACGUCUCAUCUCCCUCUUCCUUCCUUCUGGUCCUUACUCGGUUCUACGGUUCUGCAUGAGUUCUGGGCUCCAGACUCGCGCUGCUGAUCACAGGACAAUGGCUCCAAGCUGAACACCGUGUGAGACAGAGAGAAGACAUCAGAGCCAUGAUGGACAUCUCAUCAGUGAUCUGGAACAAUCUUUCGCUCUCAGGAUUCUUCUUCAAUGAGACUUUCCUUGAUGAGAAUUUUCUCAACAAGACCAAUGACACGUGUCUCUUCAACACGUCCGGCUGCAACAAUGGAACCGGAGGAAACCGUCCAGGCAUCGGUGUAGCCGGUGUCCUUAUCCCACUCAUAUACAUCAUCGUGUGCAUCGUCGGCCUGGGCGGAAACACUCUGGUCAUCCACAUUGUCCUGCACUACUCCAAGACAGAAUCCGUCACCAACAUCUACAUCCUUAAUCUGGCCAUCGCCGACGAGCUGUUCAUGCUCAGCCUUCCCUUCCUGGCCGUCCAGAACGCCAUGAUGUCCUGGCCCUUCGGCUCCUUCAUGUGCCGUCUGGUGAUGACCGUUGACGGGAUCAACCAGUUCACCAGCAUUUUCUGCCUGACCGUGAUGAGUAUCGACCGCUACCUGGCCGUGGUGCAUCCCAUCCGCUCGUCAAGGUGGAGAAGACCGCAAGUAGCCAAGGCUGUGAACGGUUCCGUGUGGGCGAUGUCCUUUAUAGUGGUUCUGCCGAUGGUGGUCUUUGCUGGUGUGUUUGAGAAAGGAGGGACGUGUAACAUCAACUGGCCGGAGUCGUGCACCAUCUGCCGUGCUGCGUUUAUAAUCUACACCUCCACUGUAGGUUUCUUCUUCCCCCUGCUGGUCAUCUGCAUGUGCUACCUGCUCAUCGUGGUCAAGAUCCGCAGCUCCAGCAAAAAGGUCCACGCCACAUCGAGCAAACGGCGCAAGUCUGAGCGCAAAGUUACGCGCAUGGUGGUGAUCGUGGUGGCUGUGUUUGUCUUCUGCUGGCUGCCAUUUUACGCCCUGAACAUCAUUAACCUGAUUGUGUUUCCUCCACCUAGUGAGCUGCGAGGUUUCUACUAUUUUGUGGUGGUGCUGUCCUAUGCCAACAGUUGUGCCAACCCCAUCGUAUACAGCUUCCUCUCGGACAACUUCAAGAGAGGCUUCCGGAAGGCUCUGUGUCGUUCGUCCAGAAAGGUCGAGAACCACGAACCAGCAGAGGGUCAGGACCAGGAGGAGCGCAGGCAGAUUCUGAUGCCCCGGGAGAGUCUGCGCAGAGCCGUAAGAGAAGACGAAGAUGAGGAUGAAGAAGAGGACAGGGAGGAAGUUACAGAGAUGACCGAGAUCUGUAAGAUUACUCAAAAUGGGAACGGCAGUGCACAAUGUACCCGUGCCUUGCUCUCGGAGCGGCCGUUAGCGCCGGCGCUCUCAGAGCCCAGCUCUCCACGAGGAGAAGGAACUGCUAAAGGACCUGGAUUUGGGCCGAAUGUGGCUUUGAUGAACGGCUUGAAAAACGGAAACGUGAAGCCGCUACCAGAGGAACCGGUAGAAAAGAACUCGUCACUGGAGAUCAGCUACCUGUAAAAACUGUUCUAACGUUUCUCUUCUGUGUUACUGUGUGACAGAGCCGCAGUAUUUCUGUAAUUAUAGCUCACACGUUUCUGCCACAUAUGGAGCCUUGAUACAAUUCUAGCCCUGUGUGUCCAGCACUGACGCUGUGAACUGUGUAAAUCAUGUUCCUUAGUGACUCGUUGUUGUACAUCAGAAUGUUUUUAAAGCCAAGCUCCUAACUGUUCUUUCAGGUUCUCGACUCUACAUGGAUCUUAAUUUUAGGUUUUUCAUUCAGCCUGAUGACAAAAAUCUGAUUUCACCUUAAUUUAAUCAGCAACGAUUUACUGCAAACAGAACUUCAUGCUGCAGGACAAGACCUUACACCUCCACUAAGCCUUGUAUAAAAUGAUGAAGGGAACGUUUGUGUACGUUUGUCGUGUUCAUCUGCAGACGUUACAUUAACAGUUCGUGGGGAUAUUUUUAUAUUUAUCAGCGUCUUUCACAACACUUCCUCAGGAACAUUUUAAUACUCCAACAGAGAAUUUACAAGCAAACAGAAAUGUCAUACAUUUAUCUUCUACAGAAGAAAUCUAAUGGUGUUAAUAUGUUGCUUGUGUAAAUGUUAGAGGAAAUAUUGUGCAAAUGUUUGUACACCCUUUAAACACCAAAAAGACACAAUAUGAGAUUGUAUAUAUAUGACACAAUAUAAGAAGUGUUUCGUUCACAGGGACGUGUACAGCUCACAGUGAGGAUAUCUGUAAAUGUAUGAUGUGGUGAAGGAGUCUUCAGUGUCAGCUCUGUGUAACAGUCAGC